AUGUCGUCUACCAUCAAUACAUUGGCCAAUGUCCUGCACAAGGUGCUGAGUGCCUCGUCUGAUCCUGCAAUGGAAGACAUCCAGCAGGCAUGUUUCAAUUAUAUGAAACUCGGAGGCGUGUUUGCAUGCGGACUAUCGGCUCUUUAUUCUGGUUUAUCCCCUCGUCCAUUAAACUUGGCAUUUCAUUUCUUGGCUAUUUCAAUCUAUGCUGUUGGCCUGAUGUUACUUCCAUUUCCUUCUCCCAAACGUUUGUGGAAUGGAGCUAAACUCCUCUGGGUUGGAUUAAGCAUCGUUCUUCCCUUUAUACAGUCUGAAGGGGUGAGACAAAUGUUCUUUCCUCUAACUGUGCCAGCAUAUUAUAGAACUCCCCCUGGAAAUGAGAGAAAACCAUGAGAAGAAGAAGCUCCAUUGAUGAAUUUGCAGCAUAAGUUGUGAGCAAUUCCAUGUCUGUUUGUUGUCAGUAUUGAGUUUAGGUAAGUUUGGUAAUGUCUACAACAAUGUUGUUUGCAAAUCGUUGCUAAUACU